GUUGCUAUCCUUCCCAGUCGGUUCCUUGCUUUCUCCCUCGUUGCACUUAGGGUUCUUGGUCUGAAAAUUCUCGCGCCGAAGGGUCAACCAGCCCAAUCAGCUCGUCACCACCUGUCCCCUCCUCCUUUGAUGGCAAAACCAGGUUACUGAGACAGUACAGCUCCCUCUAGCAAACCUAGGGCCGUGUACAUAGUGCCCGUCCACCUUUCUGAUGACGUCGGCCUCCGCGCACAAAGAUGAGAUGGGCAUUGCUGCCUGCACCGACGGCCUGGAGGCCCGCGCAUCUGCACCUUUGUACCUGACGCACCAGUGCCGACCCAACUCCACCAUUACGCACGCCUCGCGGCGGAGAUGGAUUGAUACGAGGAAACUCGCCGCUCGGACAAUACGGAAGAAAGCACAUCCGCAACGCGAGGCGGACGAAGCGAGACACGAGACCGCAGCGGCCGUCAAGGCGGUUGCGAAGGAGAAGGCACGGGAGGGCGACCUAUCGUUCGGCGGGUUCAACGUACGCAUGCUCGUCUACAGCGGUAGGAACCCCGUUGGUCACAACGUGAUGACGGUCAUGCAGAUUUGUUCCGCGACCGGCUGUGAUGUGAUAGGACUUCAGGAGACCCAACGAGAGGGGCAAUGUUCAAUUGCGCAUGACGGGUACGUGAUCAUCUGGAGUGGCGACCGUGCUGGCACCAAGGACAAGAGGGGCAUACACGGUGUGGGCAUAGCGAUCAAGGAGGCCAUGUGGGAGAGUGUGGGCGAGGAAGGUAGGACGGUGGAGUGCAUUAGCCCGAGGCUGAUGAAGGUGCGUCUACAAAUUGGCCGCACCUGCGGAGUAGCUUUCGUGGAAGGGAGGCGAGACGGGUGCUGCGAUGCCAAGAUUAUGGGCGGGUACGGACGCGACAUUAUGAACAACAACGGGGAACGACUCCUUGGCCUAGCAUCAGACAACCAACUCUCCCUGACCAAGACCUACUUCCGGACACCGAAAGGCAGAGUGCAGCACACAUUCCAGAGCUCCAACACGGGGAAGGAGAAGUACCGCCUCGACUUAAUCCUCAUGCGUCAGACGGACCGGCGUUUCGUGCGUAAUGUCUCCGUCAAACGUGUCGACUUCGAGGACUCUGACCACAACCUCGUGCUUAUGACUGCCCUCAUCCAGGCCGGCUGCGAGGAAACCAUCGAGGCCACCGUGCGCAAACGGAGACUGUGUUUCGCGGGGUUUGUUAUGCGCAUGGAGGACGACCGCCUCCCCAAGCGCAUGCUGUUAGGAGCGAUGGCGGGGGGCGUGGGAUACCGGGGCGGGCAGGAGAGCGACUGGGUGUCUCGUCUAGGAGAGGACCUCGUGGCCUUCAACAUGGGAGACGAUAAGGAAGGGGGGAAAUGGAAAGAGAGCGCCAAGGACCCGUAGGUGUGGUACAACAAGGUCGAGGACGGGGCGGCAUAGUUCAUGUGGAAAUGGCACAGACAGG